AUGUCCUCGAUUUCUGCCUCGGUGCCAUCCCACGUGGAACAAGUCAUUCGUGAGGGAUAUACAAAGAUAUUUGAGGACCAUUCCGUCUUCCUCACAGGAAGUACUGGGUCUUUAGGAGGAUGUCUUCUGUAUAAGUUAGCUCUCCAGCUACCAGUACGCAAAAUCUAUGCGUUGAUCCGAGGAACACCGGAGCAGGCCAUUGAGAAAUGGAGGAAGGCCAUGCCAAAUCAUACACGAGCGAUUCUUGCCUCGAAGAAAGUCGAAUUCGUAAUUGGAGAUAUGAAAGCUGCUAAUUUUGGUAUCGAGCCUGUUAUAUUGGAGCAGUUGCGGAGCCAAAUCACUCUGGUUAUCCAUACAGCAGCCAAGAUCAGUCUCGAUUCUAGUAUUCAAGAUGCGUUCGAAAACAACUGUCUCCCAUCUCUCGAAAUGGCCCAAAUAGCUUCACGUUUCCGCCGUUUGAAACUUCUGGUUCAAUUAUCUACGGCCUAUGUCAAUAGUUUCCUCCCCGAUGGAUCGGUCUUGGAGCGGCUGUAUACUCUAGCCGAGUCGGAUCCAGAGGAGGAAUUGAGCUCCAUUUUAACGCAGGGCCAGUCCCCACAUGGGGAUCGCUUUUCUUCGACAUAUGCUCAAGCCAAAUAUGUAAUGGAACGACUACUUCCAAAAAGAUUCCCACUUUUACCGAUCUUGAUUGUACGUCCGACCAUCUUUGGCCAAGCAUUUCGAUAUCCUUAUCCACUCUAUGGGCUUGAAAACUCGACACCGCUGAACAAGUUUUUUCAAUAUUUCCUGGCUGAUCGGGGAGCAACACAGGUCUGGCACUCCGCUGAAGGAUAUCAAACGGGUGCCAAUAUCAUAGAUGAGAUUCCCGUGGAUUUUGUCGCCAAUGCUUGUCUGUUGCACGCCGCCGCGCGUACUACGGGCAUCAUCCAAAUCGGCUCGGGGCUAUAUGAGCCAUUUACGUUUGACGAAUAUUUAGAGAUCGCUAUAUCUAAUGCGCCGCCUGCGAUUCGUCGUGAGCUUCCUCGCGUCAUCUUCACCGAGGACCGGUCUGCACCACAGUGCUUUCUAGCCGAGUUGGUCCAGGUAGCAUCGCGAAACUGGUUAUUUGACUGUGGCCGUUCUUACUGGUUAAAACAGGUUGGCGGCCCACUCAGUCUGCAGACGUGCAAAUCUGAGGUCGAUAACGUGAAUAAGAUGAGAAUCCGUCAGAUAUACGGGAGAGUCGAUAAGAAAGCUCGAAUAUGA